GGACAGUCACCGGAGCAGACCGGUGGUGGUGGUGGUGGGGGGGGGGGGGUUUGGGAGACCACUGCAAGUGGGACUCCUUGGAAGGCUGGGCUGUAACCUGAAGCCGUGGAGCAGUGAGAGAGGGAGAAACUAAAGCAGAAGGACAGUGAGAGAGAAAGGGAGAAAUGGAGGAAGGGGAGGGAAGGAAUGAAGGGCAGAAAGAAGGUGAUGUCAGCUGAGUUCACAAAGUAAACAGAAGUCCAGACUGCAGCAUGCUGUCUUUGGGACGGAGAUUCUGGCUGGGGCAAACCCAUGGGGGCACCCGUACAACUCCAUGGGCCGGCAUCUUUAUCUCUGGGGAGGGGGACCGACUCCUCUUAGUCUCCCUCCUUAUUUUCAUCUCUUUGCCCUUCGGGACAGCACUCCCUUACGAUUACAGGUACUUGUACAACCACUGUCCAGGUCCAGAGUGGAAUGUAAUGUGCAGAGGCUGCUGCGAGUAUGACCUCAUCCGCUGUAAGUGCCCCCUGCAGGGGACUCAGGUGGGCUACGCAGUACCCUGCUGCCGCAACGCCAUCAACGAGUGUGAUCCCUGUAUUAUCCAUCCAGGUUGCAGUAUUUUUGAGAACUGUAAACGCUGCAACAAUGGGACAUGGGGCCCCAAGGAUGACUUUUUUAUCAAUGGAAAAUACUGCGCUGAGUGUCGUCCUGGCUGGUCUGGUGGCGAUUGCAUGAAGUGUGGAGGAGUAAUCCGUAAACGCCAGGGUCACUUGCUGCUGGAGAGCUACCCCAACAAUGCCAGAUGUGAGUGGACCAUUCAGGUUGACACGCCAUUCACUAUAGAUCUCAGGUUUAUGAUGCUGAGUCUAGAAUUUCAUCAUUCUUGUCGUUAUGACUACGUGGAAGUCCGAGACGGCGACAGCAUCAACUCUCGUGUUAUUGGUCGAUUCUGCGGGAGCAACAGACCUGCCCCUGUUCAGAGCUCUGGCAACAGCUUGCACAUUCUCUUUGUGUCCGAUGGUUACAAGAACUUUGAUGGAUUCUUUGCGACUUUCCAGGAGAACUCAGCUUGCAGCUCCUCCCCUUGCCUUCAUGAUGGGACCUGCAUCCUGGACAGUUCUUAUACUUACCACUGUGCCUGUUUGGCUGGUUACACUGGAAAAAGGUGUGAAAACGUGGUGGGAUGCCACAGGCCUCCGGUGCCUACCCACGGGUCCACAGAGGGUCUGUUCCAUCACUCAGGUGCACGCAUCACUUUCCAUUGUGAUCCUGGGUUUGAGCUUCGAGGUUUCCGUACUGCCAUCUGCCUGAGCGACGGCACCUGGAGUGCACCUGUGCCUGAGUGUGUGCCAGUGGAAAGAAUCUGCACUCUGCCGCCCAAGCCAACACAUGGGAACCACGUAUUGGUUUAUGGACCCAAUGAUGUCCUCAUUGCUCUCCAGUAUUUCUGCUACCAACCCUAUGAACUCAGCGGGGUGUCCCACAGAACUUGCCUUCAGAACAACACCUGGAGUGGCUCUCCUCCUGUUUGCACUAAAGUGAAUAACACACUUACUGAAGCUGGAAAGGAUCAAGAAAAGACAAAAAAGACAGGAAUGGGAAAGGAAAUGGAUCUAAACAGUGACAAAGAUGUCAUCAAAACUAAAGAGAAAGAUCAAGAAAACACAACCAAAGAAAAUGAAAGUGGGGACACGGAAGAUCUAAACUCGGGGCUGGAAAAUACAACAGCGGUUGACAGAGAAGAUAAAUACACUGGGACCAUUCCAGGGAAAACUUUUUCAGAGGGUGGUGAAGACACAGAGCUCGAAGAAAAACACACUGGGUCAGAGAAGUCCACCGAGGACACAAACGUUGAUAGCAACAGCCCAGAUAACAGUUUGAAUUCAGUUGAAGAGAAAGAACCCGAGGCGACACAACCACCUGAGAAAAAUAAUGGUAGUUCAGAUACAGACCUAGAGCAAGAAAAUACUGACACCACCCAGAUAACGGUGAGAAAAGACAAAGGACAAAGUGAGAAGGAAAAAAAAGAGGAGCAAGUGAAUGGAAAAAAAACCCCAGAGAAAGUUGGCCCUAAUGACACAAAGGUCAGGACAGUCAUAUCUGAAGGCGAGAACUCAGUGGAGAUCUUUGAACUGGAAAUGACACAAAACAGCACAGGUAUGCAAGAGUCAAAGGAGACCACGAAGGAAAAUAACACCGUAAGAUCUCCAUCACCAGGGAGGAAAAUUAUUCCCACACGAGUCAAUGUGACGCAGCACACGCUGUACAGAGCAGUUGAGGACAAGCUGAAGCCAAAGGAAAAACCAGCUGCUGAGAAAGACGUGGCAGAGAAAACCAAAGAGUUGGAAAGAGUGAGGGAAGAGAAAGCAAAAGAAAAGGAAAGAGAAAUCAACCAAAGCUUCACAGGUGAGGGACUCACGGAGAAAACCCUGAAUUUAGAUGUCCAGUUUCUCUCCAUCCGCCAACCUAUCUCCAAUCUGUUUGCCAUUUUAGGAAAAAGCUGCCCUCCCCUGCUUCGAAUUUACAAUGGCUACUACCAGGUGGUGCCAGGGCUGGAGCCCGAAACAGUGGAGUUCACAUGUAACCAUUCAUACGCUCUCAAUGGUGAUAAGAGACGCACCUGCCAGGCAGACGGUACCUGGAGUGGCAAACAGCCUCUCUGCGUCAGAGCAUGCCGAGAGCCUAAAGUUUCAGAACUGGUUAAACAAAGAAUCCUGCCUCCUCGGAUACCAUCCAGGAAGACACCUGUUGAUAGGCUGUUCUCCGCUGCACUGGGCCUGCAGAUGCAGUUAGAUGCUCCCACUAAAUCGCCUUCAGAGCUCUCCAGACUGCCCCAGGGCUUCCACAGUCUUUACACACAAAUAGAGUACGAGUGUGCCUCUCAGUUCUACCACCACGCUGGCAGCCCUCGUCGCACCUGCCUGAAGACAGGGAAAUGGAGUGGGCGUCAUGUCUCCUGUUCCCCAGUGUGUGGGAAGCAUCCGACCUUUGACUCAGGGAGGCCGGAGGAGGCCCACUGGCCCUGGCUGGCAGCCAUCUACCGCCGUUCCAGGAAGAAUGCAGAGACCAAGGUGGGCAAGGCAGACAGCCAGGCAGGGUCUCUGAAGAAGAACGGCGGGGCAGGAACCGGCAACCUAAACCAGGCCUCUGACUGGCAGCUGGUCUGCAGCGGGGCUCUGGUCAACCAAAGGAGUCUGGUGGUCGCAGCUCACUGUGUGACAGAGCUGGGCAAGGUGUAUCCUGUGGAUACAGCUAUGGUCAAGGUGGUGGUGGGGAAGCAAUAUCGUGAUGACCACAGAGUAAAUAAAGGCCUUCAACACUUGAGAGUGGCCUCCAUUAUUGUUCAUCCAAACUAUGAUCCUAAUAUUCUGGACUCUGACAUUGCCGUGGUCAAGUUACACGACAAAGCACGGAUUGGAGAAAAAGUCCUGCCGCUAUGUCUGUCGGAGAGCCAGAAAGAAGAUGGAGGAGCGGAGAUCUCUGGCCAAGGGCUUGUGACAGGCUGGUCUCCGCUACCUGAUCCCAGUUUAGGCCCAGAUGAGAAGGCAAGAGUUGGGCUCGUUCAUCUCACUGAUAUAGUUCCAUGCGAGCAGCAGUACGCUCGCAACGGCGUCCCGGUCAGUGUUACAGACAAUAUGCUGUGCGCCAGUCAAAAGCCUGAUUACAGACCCAAUAACAUAUGUCCCUCUGACACUGGGGGAAUCCUUGUCCUCCCUGCCGUCACCGAGAACCAGGUCAGCAAUAAUCCAAAUACCCCUCACGUGCGAGGGGACGGCAGCGGGCUGUGGAGGCUUCUGGGACUGGUGAGCUUUGGCUAUGACCAGGGAGAGUGUGAUCCCGACCUCUACACGGUUUACACACGUGUAGCUAACUUCAAAGACUGGAUUGAGGGCAAUAUGAAAUAAAAAUCUGCACCUUUUUCAGAGUGGCCAUUCUUUCCUGCAUCUUUUCCACGGGGGCAUUCUUGAACAAAAUACAGAAGCGACACUGGACAAUGUAAUGCUUUAACUGAAGGGGGUGCUAAUGUAUUAGAUGUGCUGAUCGAUCAACCUUUUUUCAGAGGAAUUCAGUGUUCAGGUUCCUCAUCCUGAGGUUAAAGACUUGAAAUGACCAGAAGACCAUUCGUCGUGAUGGUUUUAAUUGUUUUGUACAUAUGUUUCAAUGCUAUGAAUAUAUAAUUUUUUAUUAUGCGAAACAUGUACAUAGUAUGCUGAAAAUGUUUCAAUAAAAGAAAAUACUGGCGUGGGAAACUUCAUGAUUUUUAUUCUCUGUAGUGUAAAACCUGUAAAGUGAACAGUAUAAAUGUACUCUGCUGAAUAAAAAUACUGAGG